AUGUGGCUUGACCUGUACACUGAAAUGGUGAAAAAUGACAUAGUUAACAGUUUGAAAAAGGUGGGGAAGAUGAAUGUUACUGCUGAAGAACAGAAAGCUUUUCAAUCCCUGUUACACAAUAAUGAUAUUGUUAUAAGGCCUGCUGACAAAGGAUCUGGUAUUGUUGUUCUAGACAAAACAAGUUAUUUAAAUAGUCUACAGAAAGAAAUGGAGGAGAGUGAUUCAUACGCAGAGUCCGAGAAUGAUCUAACACAGACAUCUAUGAAAGAAGUAAAGAAAUUAGUAAAUAGUAUGAGUAGAAAUGGAUCAAUCCCAAAAGACAUGAAACAGUACUUAUUGCCAAAAUAUCUAAAGGCUGGUUCUCUAAAAGGUAAUCCGAAACUUCAUAAAAAGAAUGUGCAAAUGAGGUCAAUUGUAAAUGGAAUGAACACACCAACUGAAAGAUUGGCAGAGCUUGCAGAACAUGAACUGAAUGAAUUUGUAACCUCAUCACAAAGUUACAUCCAGGACACUACUGACUUUAUAAACAAACUGAAAGACAUUCAGACACCACUUCCUGAAGGUACAUUGCUAUUCUGCUUUGAUGUCUGUAAAUUAUAUCCAUCUGUUCCCAAGAAAGAAGGUAUUGAUGCAUGUAGGAUAGGUCUCAACAAAAGAUCAAACAUGCUUGUCCCAACUGAAGAUGUGGUAAAAAUGAUAGAAGUCGUCCUCAACAACAAUUUCAACCCUGGUGGUAAACACUAUAUACAGUGA